AUGCGCUUCAGCCUCGCUUUGAUUUUGACACUACUCGCUCUAAUUGCGACUACUCUCGCCCACGCUGAAGUCGUCCAGAAUGAAGAGGUUCAAGACACUUCGCGCAACCUCCGGGUCGGGAUCAUCAAACUCCAGGGCGGAAGCCGCUCUGCGGAGGUCAUUGUGAUGCUGGACGACUCAAACUCAGGAUCGACCGAUGUGCUGGAGAUCGCGAAGCCCCAAGUCGAGGACUCGGAGGAGCGAUUCGUUGCCGUCGCGUCGUGGGUUCAAGCGCUGAAGAACUUCGUCAAGAAUCCCGUGCAGUUCACCCUGAUGUUUGUGCUCGUUAGAAGGUUUUUCGCUUACUGA